UGGGGAGUGUGUGACGCUACAGCUUCUUCUAUCCCUUCAGCAGUCAUUUUAAAAAACCUGACCCCGAAAUCUAGACAACAGCAUUCAAAAACUGACACUUUAUUGUAUUUACGAGAUUGGUUUAGGAUUUAGCAUUUAAAGCAUUCUCCGUUGGAUCUGACCUGGAUGAUUGCGGGACCUUGAAUGUGUAAAGGUCACUUGAGCCUAUAAGAUGCCCAUGUAUGAAGUUAUUUCCAGACAAGUUACCUGCCCAACAUGUUCCGGCGUAGGCCAUGUGCCGAAAGAUUCCAGAGCAGAAUAUGUGGCUUUAAUUCCUCUGACAGAUCGACGGUUGAGACCACGCCGAAUGUGCCUUAAGUUAUUCGGUUCUGUGGUGAUAUGCUCCUUAAUGUUUGCGCUCCUAUUGGUCUUCUUAUUCCCUCGUACUAUCUCUAUAAGUAGUUCAGUAUACAAACUAUCUCCUAUCACUGCUAUCGUUAAUAUGGAGGAGUCUGUAAUAGAUCUUACUGUGAACAACCAAAUCAAUAUAUCCAAUCCAAACUUUGUUCCAGUCACAGUAGAAGAAAUUACUGUGUCUCCAAAAUAUCGUUCAGUCGAUCUACCAGAGACAGUUUCUAAUUCCUCCCGGAAAAUACCACUUCGCUCAGACACUUUGUUGAACGUGACGACAAAAUUGCACUUUGAACACAAGCAUUUUGAUGUUAUUAAGCUGUGCCUUAUGAAGCUACCCUAUUUCCAUGAUGUAUAUGUGACUUUCACAUUUCAUGUCAGUUAUACGUUAUUAUGGCAAGAUUUUGAUGCAUAUCUAACCAUUAUGCCAUUGGUCGACUGUUAUCCAACCAAUAGGAGUUCGUCUCCGAUGACCUUGAGUUAAUCAUCACGCUGUUUAAUUUAAUGUAAACAUCAAAAUAUCAUGUGAUCUUUUUCAUAUUUUUAUCAGCUCAUCACACUUUCCGUAAUUUUAUUUUUGUAUACAAAUUGUUUUUACAGUAUAAUUUAUUUCCUUAAUUUUCAACUUUGAUCAUUGUAUCUUGUAACUAGCACUCAGCAAAUUUUAUUCUUUCAUUUUGAUGACAAGUCUCCUUUCGUAUUCAGAUUACUUAAUUCGCGUUUAGCAUUGUGAAAUUGGCAUAUGCCUGUGUAUGUGUCCGUGAAAAAAACUAUGAUUCGUUACUGUGAUUAAAAAUGACUUGAGGUUUGAUCUUUAAUCGAUACUAAUGUGAAAUCUUGGUCAACAUAUAUCGCCAUAUGACAAUCUUGACAGUUUACUCUCAGAAGAAUUUAUUCUUUCAGGUGGACAUGAGUAGCUUUAGAAUAACUUUGAUGUACGAAUUAUCUUUUCGUUGCUUUAGAUUGUCGAUCAAGUUAAUUUACAUUAUUCAAGGUAAGGUUCGAUAAAGAGAACGCUGUAUUUAGG